AUGAAGAGAAAGCGCUCAUUCGCCAAAGAAGACGUCGGAAUGUCUGAAGAAUCAGACUUCGAUUCUGACAAUGACCCAGAAACCCCAAUCACCGAACCCCAGACCCCUAUUGCGGGUGGCCGGAAGAUUCUACCAUGCCCUUAUCAGGGCUGUGCAAAAUCAUUCAACCGACAGGCUCGUCUUACUGAGCAUAUUCGGUCACAUACGAAUGAACGCCCGUUUACUUGUCCUGAGAAAAACUGCGACAAAGCCUUCCUUCGGGAUUCUCAUCUAAAGCAUCACAUUAAGAGCGCCCACACCAACGAACGAGACUAUUCCUGCACAUGGGCCAAUUGUGGUAAGAAGUUCGCUACCGGCACGAGACUACGCAGGCAUGAAUCCAGCCACCAGACAAAAGAAAAGUACACCUGUAAAGGUUUCGAUGGCUGCAACGAGACUUUCAGAAAGCAUGCUACGCUCUCUCGGCAUAUUCUAGCGGUUCAUGAGAACAAAAAACCCUUUCCGUGUACAGAGGUGGACGCUGAAAGUGGAGAGCAAUGUCACUUAGGCUUCGACACGGCGGAGAAGUUGCGCUCUCACAAGCGAGCUAUUCAUGAUUACACUCGCUUCGUUUGCAUGGACUGUCCACCCCUCGAUGAUGAUUUAGCUACUCAGGUCUCCUUCGCGACAUAUGCGCUCCUCCAAGCCCAUAUCGCCGAGAUACAUCCUCCAACAUGUCCACAAUGCUGUCUACUAUGCGCCUCUGAGAAGGAUCUGCGCCGCCAUCUCGAACUCAUUCACAACGUGGUUGAUUCAGACGUGGAUAAGCCUAUCGAUCCCUCCUUUCCAUGCACAUAUCCCAAUUGCACUCGUUCAUUCACCAAGAGGGGUAAUCUCAACGUCCACGUGAAGACGGUACAUGAGCAUCGCAAAGAAUUCGUAUGCGGCCAAACAGAACUAAAGCUUCCUCACGAAACACUUCCGAAUCAAGAUUCGGAGCUCGCUACAGCUUCAGAGAUUGCUGGCUGCGGUCGGCAUUUCACCAGCAAAGCGACCCUAGAAGAGCACGUCCGAACCGUGCAUUUGGGCCUAAGCUCGAAGCGGCAAGAGAGAAAUAGGAAACGAAAAGCAGAAAAAACCGCUUAUGAUGAUUACGAAGGUGCUGGGAGCUCAACCAGGACCAAAAGGAGAAGAAAGGCCCCACAGCCUACAUCAGCCAUUGCAGCGCUUACCGGAUCUGCUAAUCUCGCCCUGGCUGCAGCAUACGAAGCAGAUCCCAGAAUCGGAAAUCCGUUCGAUGCACUCGCCUAUGGUACGGCGUACAACUAUGGCGUCCAGCAAGGUUUCGAUAAUUUUCCCAUGGGCAAUGUGCCGGAAGAAGAGAAACAGAGCGAGUCGAGCUGGAGUCCGGAUCUUGACAAUCUCGCUGCGUCAGCGUUGGUGGAUCCUCUAUUGCUAUGA